CAUCAUCUCAUCUCAUCUCGUCUCAUCUCAUCUCAUCCGUCACCACCAGACAUGCGCCCAUCUCUCGCAAAGCUGGCAUCGGCCGCGGCCAUGCAGAGCGGUCUGCGGCCCAAGCCCAUGGCUCUCCUGCCCCCGAUUCCCCUCUACCGCCGGCUUUUGCGCGCCCACCGAAAAUUCCUUCCCGCGGAAAUGCGGCUUCUCGGCGACGAGUAUGUCAAGGCCGAGUUUCGAGCUCACCGGAACGUGGACAAUCCCGCGCAUUUGAUUGGCUUCCUUUCGGAGUGGCAGAUGUAUGCCCAGCAGAUUGAGGGCGAAUCUUGGGUGGGUGAGAAGAUUGAUCAAGGGAAACUUCAGAAGAUGAGCGACGAACAAAUCCAACAGCUGUAUGAGUUGAUGCAGGCCAUCCAAAAGCACCAAAACGGAGAAGACGCUGAGUGAUUCACCAUUCGGUACGAGUCUCACAGACGUUUAAAAUUGUAGAAUUAAACUGUAAAUUUAAGAGCUGUACAUGUAUUUAUAUAUUUCUAGCAUCUAACAAAAUUUAGAGGGUAUCUCUUUAUCGCUC